AUGACAGAGUCAGCUGAAGCUGUAGCAGCCGAUGUGACCAGCAGGAGAAGUGUCACCAUUGAAAUCUCAAAUGUCACUAAAAACUAUUGCCUCAUCAACCCCAGGGUGUACCUGGAGAAUGGAGAGACAUACAACCCACCUCAACCCACAGUGCGUCCUCUAAAGACAGAGGUUUGCACUUUCACCAAGUCUGGCGGCAAAGCAACGGGCACUGUUGGUGUAGUGACCUACGACCUUUUCGAGAGGUCACAGAACGACUACAUUGAGACUCUGGCCAUCAUGUUCUCAGUUCCCUGGGACUACCACCUGUACAAGAACUGGUUUGCAGUGGGCAUCUACAAAAAGGGUCGUAACUGUGAUAAGGAUUUGUAUAAAGAAAUGUACUAUGAGAAGAAACAGCAUGAGCAUGGGUUUACCAGGGAGGAAGCCAUUGGGUCAGGAAUCAAUUAUGUGGGCAACUACCUAGAUAUCAAAGCCACCAUGUGUCCCAUGGGCAAAGCCAUCAUGAAGGUGGAGGUAUGGGAUAAACUUUUCACACCCAUGAGUCAGCAGGCAUACUAG